CAGCGGCCGUCGUCGUCCCCCACCCCACAACCCAACCAAAACCGAACGAACAAACCGCAGGCGUACGCCCACCAACCAAAAAAAACACACCUUUCCUCGCCGCCGUCGCCGCUGGCCUCGUCUCCUCCUUCCGAGAGUGAGAGUCGCGGUUCCUUACCUUCGCGCCCGCCUGAGGGUAAAUUUUUCUCAUUUAUUUGCUGGACAUUGGAUCGACUGGUGGUGGUAUACCUAGAAAGGAGUUUCUUGUAAUUUUUUCUCCAUAUUCAAGUGCUCUGCUAUCAUCAGUUUUUUCUCGCUGGCGUUUGGCAAUAAUGUCGGAGAGUGAGUUAGCAGUGAUAAAACCAGAGGCGUUGAAGACUUAUAUUUGGCUUCAGUGCUUUGAUGGUUCCAUACAGCAAGUGGAGGAGGAGGUUGCAAUGUUCUGCCCUAUGAUAGGCCGGGAAAUUGUGAAAAAUGGCACAGGGUCAUCCAAAAAUCAUGCUAUUGCUCUCCCGGAAAGAGUUAAUCCGGCAAGUUUGAGUUUGAUUCUUGAGUACUGUCGGUUUCAUCAGGUCCCUGGGCGCUCAAACAAGGAGAGGAAGUCAUUUGAUGAAAAGUUUGUUAAGAUAGACACAGAAAGACUCUGCGAAUUGACUUCUGCAGCUGACAGUCUGCAGCUAAAGCCACUGGUUGAUCUUACUAGUCGAGCGCUUGCUCGAAUCAUUGAAGGAAAGACACCUGAGGAAAUUCGUGAUAUUUUUCAUUUGCCAGAUGACUUAACAGAGGAAGAGAAAUUGGAGCCCCUAAAAAAUAUAAAUGAUGAUCCUAGGAUUCGCUUAUUGAACCGAUUGUAUGCAAAGAAGAGGAAAGAACUCCAGGAGCGCCAGAGGCUAAAGGAUGUUCAAGUACAAGAAGAGCAAAAAGAUGAGAGAUCUUUGGAUGAGUUACUUUGUUUUAUAAAUGGGGAUGGAGGUUCUGGAGGUGGGAAGGCUGCUAAGAGUAAGAAAAAGAAUAAAAGAAGGAAGGAUCAUGCUAAGAAUCCAUCAAAAGCUGACCCUGAGCCUGUAAAUAAGGAGGGAGCUGCUUCUGUGGCUACAUGCAAAGUGGAUAGUGGUAAUAUUUCUAGACUUCCUUGCCAAAGUCCAGAUAUGCAAGAUGAUGUUGACCCCUUUGAAGAUGCUGACCUCGAUGAUGGACUUGAUCCUGCAAUGAAAGAAGAGCUUGAUAGAGAAGUGGAGGACUUCGCGAGGAGGUUGAAUUCGGUUUGGCCUGAAAGAAUGCAUUUGGGACAGGACAGAAGUAUUGACUCACAUAUUGGUGGUAAUGGUUCUCUGCAGAGAUUUUCUGGGUUCAAUCACAGGUGAGUUUUAAGCUGGCAGGAUAAAAAAGUAGAAGCAGAGGAAAUUUGUGCACAUACAGCUUCGAAGAGAGCUAAAGACCAAACUAGCCACCUGGAGCUUGAGUGACUUGCUUGUCGAAAAGCCUUGCUAACUCCGAACCAAGCGUGCAGACAUGUGCAUCCGCCUCCCUUGGCCAUUUUCUGGGGCAGGGUGUUGCUUAGUCGGGAUGAAGCAUAGCGAGGUCAAGGAAAAAUGGGAAUUUUCGCUUGGCAUGUUUCUUUGGGAGCGUUAGAGGUCUGUUGACUCGGUUUUCCUUGGCUGUGUUGCCAUUUUUUCCUCAAUAGAGUGGUGAUGGCGGUUGUAGCUGUUACAGUUGUGACUCGUGGUUAGGAAAUUAUGUUGAUUAACUAUAUGUUGCACAGAAAAAAUGUGGCGUUGUUUGGUUGGAA